AUGAGCGGCAGAGUCGGGGACCUGAGCGCACAGCAGCAGGAGGCUCUGGCCAGGUUCCGAGAGAAACUCCAAGAUGUGCUACCCACCCUGCCCCAGGCUGAUGACUAUUUUCUCCUGCGCUGGCUCCGAGCUCGGAACUUUGACCUGCAAAAGUCAGAGGACAUGCUUCAGAAGCACCUGGUGUUCCGGAAGCAACAGGAUCUGGACAAUAUCCUCAAGUGGCAGCCGUCAGAGGUGUUGCAGCUCUACGACUCGGGCGGUCUGUGUGGCUACGACUAUGAAGGCUGCCCCGUGUGGUUCCACGUCAUCGGGACCCUGGACCCCAAGGGACUGCUUCUGUCAACAUCCAAGCAGGAGCUGCUCCGCAAACGCAUUAAGUCCUGUGAGAUCCUUCUGCACGAGUGUGAGCUGCAGAGCCAGAAGCUGGGCAGGAAAAUUGAGACUGUGCUGAUGGUGUUUGACAUGGAAGGACUGAGCCUGAGGCAUCUCUGGAAGCCAGCCGUGGAGGUCUACCAGCAGUAUUUUGCCAUAAUCGAAGCAAAUUAUCCAGAGACGGUGAAGAAUUUAAUUAUUAUUCGAGCCCCCAGGCUAUUUCCAGUGGCUUUCAACUUGGUCAAGUCGUUCAUGAGCGAGGAGACCCAGAAGAAGAUAGUGAUUCUGGGAGACAACUGGAAGCAGGAGCUACAGAAGUUUAUCAGCCCCGACCAGCUGCCUGUGGAGUUUGGGGGGACCAUGACUGACCCCGAUGGCAACCCCAAGUGCCUGACCAAGAUCAGCUAUGGGGGCGACGUGCCCAAGAGCUGCCACCUGUGCAAGCAGGUGCGGAUGCAAUACGAGCACACGGUGACCGUGGGCCGCGGCUCCUCCCAGCAGGUGGAGAGUGAGAUCCUGGUCCCAGGCUGUGUGCUGAGGUGGCAGUUUACAUCCAAUGGUGGGGACAUCGGCUUUGGGAUCUUCCUGAAGACCAAGAUGGGGGAGCGACAGAAGGCUGGGGACAUGACAGAGGUGCUGGCCAGCCAGCGCUACAACGCCCAUAUGGUGCCCGAGGACGGGACCCUCACCUGCCUCCAGACCGGCGUCUAUGUCCUACGCUUUGACAACACGUACAGCCUGAUGCACUCCAAGAAGGUCAGCUACACCGUGGAGGUGCUGCUCCCUGACAAAGCCUGCGAGGAGAAGUUGCAGGGUGUCCAGGCACCGAGACCCUCCCCAGCCCCGUGAAGACCCUGGCCACCGCU